AUGUGUCACCGAAGGGAUGAUAGAGGUAGAGCAAUAGACACAGAAGUGAAGGAAUGUGUUGUGAGGGAUUUGGAGGAGGUUAGAUGUUUGGCGACUUGUCGACUGGGGUAUGAUUUUCGUACGGGUUUACGUCUUCAAUUUGUCAAACACACGACAAAUAGACAUGCUACUACUGCUGGGUACUUGAAGCUGGAGACUCUUUUUGUUGUCGAUGACCCAGAAGAAUUCAGGGCAAAGAAUAGAGGCCCUUUCGAGUUGGAACGGAUGGAGGUUGGAGAUAAUGCUAGAGAGUUCACGCAGAGAAAUGGAUUUGAGUACGAGAAGCUGGAAGAGGAAGGACAGGAAGGUAAACAUGAAGUGAGGGUUGUGUUUGCGAAUCGAAAGAAGUUUGUUGAGUGA